AUGCCCUCACACCAAACCAUUGGACCACUCAGGGACACUGCAGGUGCAGGCAGCAUCCAAAGCGGUAUGGAACUUCAGACCACCACCCCGACGUCCCUCCACGAACCCUUGUUCGCUACCCCCGGCUACACGGAUCCCGAGGCUGCGAAUACAAACACGACGACAGCCAGCCCCCGCGGGCAAACUCGGUCCGCCGAACUCGACUCUGGUUGGAAGCCGUGGUCCGUCGUGGCGGGAUCAUUCUGCCUAACAGUUGCUACAUACGGGAUACUGAGCAGCAUUGGGCUCUUCCAGACAUAUUGGCAGGAGCACCAGCUUGCCGAGGAGGACAGCACCGACAUCUCAUGGAUCCUGUCCAUGUUCGGCUUCCUCGACUGCCUUGUCGCGGCGCCCUUCGGCGUGCUGUUUGACCAGUACGGGUCAAGGCUCCUACUGCCCGCUGGCUGUACCGUGUACCUGGCCUCCUUCGUGGGCCUUGCCUUCGCCACCACGUACAGCCAUUUCAUGGCUUGCUUCGUCGUUGCCGGCCUCUCCGCAGCCGUGCCCACAACGGUGGCGUUCAGCGUAGUUAGCCACUGGUUCUCCGCCAGGCGGGGACUCGCCAUGGGCAUUGUCACCGUCGGCGCGGCGGCCGGUGGCAUCUUCUUCUCUAUGGUGCUCAAGGCCCUCUUCGGAUCCUUCAGCUGGAAAGUGUCCAUCCUGGCGCUCUUCGCCAUCCUCACCGGCCUCAUGGUGGCCGGGAACGUGCUAGUGCACACUAACCCUGACAAGGAGGAGCGCGCCUCCUCGGAGAAGGACUUUCGAGAGUGGUUGAACUGCUUUAGGUCAGUCAGGUUCUGGCUGCUCUGUUAUUGUAUAUUCGUUUAUGAGUUGGUGCUCUUCGUCCAGUGGGGCUCGAUCCCGUCAUACUCAGUGCUCACUAGUCUUGGGGACCAGUUCCAGCUGAUGAUGGUGUACAACGUUGGCGCAAUCUUCGGCAGGAGCCUCCCUCCUUGGCUGGCUGAUCGCCGGCUGGGGCCCCUGAACACCACCCUCAUCAUGAAUACCUUUACCCUGCUGGUCGUCGCCGCCCUAUGGCUCCCACUCGGGGACCAAUCGGCCGUGGCCUUGUUCUUCGUUGUCGCCUUCAUGGGGGUGGGGACGGGAAGCUUCGUGCCGUUGGCAGCCACUUGCGUGGGGACGCUCUGCGACCCCGAGAACAUCGGCACUUGGCUUGGCUGCUGCUACACCGUUAUAAGCUUCUCAGCCCUCGUCGGUAACCCCAUUAGCCAGGCCAUCCUCAACUGGAGUGGCCCGAGGGCGCUGGUGGCGCUUCUCGCCGUGUUGCUGGGCUCGGGUCUUUUUACCGGGUUGGUUCUGAGAUGGCUCUGCCACGGCCGAGCGUGGAUUUGGCGGGGGAGGAUCUGA